CACCCAGCCCAUUGGCUUGCGAGCGGUGACGGGCAGGCUGCUCCCUCCCCGCUCGCUCGCCCGUGUGGCUGCGAGCAAUGUGCGCAAAGUGCCUUUGCAUUAGCCGGUGAGUGCCGUAGCUCUGGACAGAGGUAGCUCGCUCGCAGAGGUGCUGGGACGACAGAGGUGGCCCUGUCCCGCGCCUGGUGGCCCCGCCGGACCAUGGCAUGGGCACAGGGGGGUCUGACAUCCUCGCUCUCCAUCGUCAUCACGUUGGCUGCCUGCCUCUCUGCCACCACCAGCGAAGUGAACUUGCUAGACACGUCAACAAUCCCGGGGGACUGGGGCUGGAUGACUUAUCCCUCACAUGGGUGGGAUUCGAUCAAUGAGAUGGACGAGUUUUUCAGCCCCAUCCACACCUACCAGGUCUGUAAUGUCAUGACCCCCAACCAGAACAACUGGCUCCGGACCAACUGGGUUCAGCGGGACGGCGCGCGGCGGGUCUACGCCGAGAUCAAAUUCACGCUGAGGGACUGCAACAGCAUGCCAGGUGUGCUGGGCACCUGCAAGGAGACCUUCAACCUCUACUACAUGGAGUCCGACCGGGACCUGGGCACCAGCACCCGGGAGAGCCAGUUCAUGAAGAUCGACACGAUCGCGGCGGACGAGAGCUUCACCAACGUGGACCUGGGGGUGCGGCGCCUGAAGCUGAACACGGAGGUGCGGGGCGUGGGGCCGCUGAGCAAGAGGGGCUUCUACCUGGCCUUCCAGGACAUCGGGGCGUGCAUUGCCAUCGUCUCGGUGCGGGUGUACUACAAGAAGUGCCCGGCUACAGUGAGGAACUUGGCAUCCUUCUCUGAGGCCGUGACGGGGGCGGACUCGUCCUCCUUGGUGGAAGUGCGGGGAGAGUGCGUGGGCCACUCGGAGGAGAGGGACACCCCCAAGAUGUACUGCAGCGCCGAGGGAGAGUGGCUGGUGCCCAUCGGGAAGUGCGUGUGCAGUGCUGGCUACGAGGAGCAGCGGGAUUCCUGCAUGGCCUGCCAGCUGGGAUUUUACAAGUCGGCCCCUGGGGACCAGCUGUGUGCCAAGUGCCCCUUGCACAGCCACUCGGAGAGCCGGGCAGCCCGGGUGUGCCGCUGCGACAGCAGCUUCUACCGGGCGGUGCAGGACCCGCCCUCGGCCGCCUGCACACGCCCUCCCUCCGCUCCUGUGAACCUGAUCUCCAGCGUGAACGGCACCUCGGUGACCCUGGAGUGGGGCCCCCCCCUGGACAAGGGGGGCCGUGCCGACGUGGUGUACAACGUGCAGUGCCGGCGCUGCGCGGGGGACGCGGGGCCGUGCGAGGCCUGUGGCAGCGGCAUCCGCUUCGUGCCCCAGCAGAUGAGCCUGGUGCAGGGGGCACUGACCGUCACCAACCUCCUGGCACACACCAACUACUCCUUCUGGGUGGAGGCCGUGAACGGCGUCUCCGACCUCAGCCUGGAGUCCAGGAGAGCCGCGGUCGCCAACAUCACGACAAACCAGGCAGCCCCGUCGCAGGUGGUGGUGGUGCAUCAGGAGAGCACGGGCCAGAACAGUGUCACCUUGCUGUGGCAAGAGCCAGACCAGCCCAAUGGCAUCAUCCUGGAGUACGAGAUCAAGUACUACGAGAAGGACAAGGAAAUGCAGAGCUAUUCCACUCUGAAAUCCAAGAGCACCACUGCCACCAUCUCUGGGCUCAAGCCUGCGACCCGCUACAUCUUCCAGGUCCGGGCUCGCACCUCGGCCGGCUGCGGGAGGUUCAGCCAGACUGUGGAGGUGGAAACAGGGAAGCCAGUGUCCCUCCGCUACGACACGAUGACGAUUGUCUGGAUCUGCCUGACGCUCAUCACUGGCCUCGUCGCCUUGCUGGUGGUCCUGAUCUGCAAGAAGAGGCACUGUGGGUACAGCAAGGCUUUCCAGGACUCUGAUGAGGAGAAGAUGCAUUAUCAGAAUGGGCAAGUGAAGUUCCCUGAGUCCAAGUUCUACGUGGAUCCCCACGCCUACGAGGACCCCUGCCAGGCCGUGCACGAGUUCACCCGUGAAAUAGAGGCCUCCCGGAUCAAGAUCGAGAAGGUCAUUGGGUCUGGGGAGUCUGGAGAGGUGUGCUAUGGCCGCCUGAAGCUGCCAGGGAAGAGGGAGAUUCCCGUGGCCAUCAAGGCACUAAAGGCAGGCUACACAGAGAAGCAGAGACGGGACUUCCUGAGCGAGGCCAGCAUCAUGGCACAGUUCGACCACCCCAACGUCAUCCACCUGGAAGGGGUGGUGACCAGGAGCAAAUUGGUAAUGAUUGUUACUGAAUACAUGGAGAACGGCUCGCUAGACACCUUCCUCAGGAAACACGACGGGCAGUUCACCAUCAUCCAGCUGGUGGGGAUGUUGCGUGGCAUCGGAGCGGGCAUGAGGUACCUGUCGGACCUGGGCUACGUGCACCGGGACCUGGCUGCCCGAAACAUCCUGGUCAACAGCAACCUGGUCUGCAAAGUGUCCGACUUCGGCCUCUCCCGCAUCCUGGAGGACGACCCCGACGCUGCCUACACCACCACGGGGGGGAAGAUCCCCAUCCGCUGGACGGCUCCGGAGGCCAUCGCCUACCGCAAGUUCUCCUCGGCCAGCGACGUGUGGAGCUACGGCAUCGUCAUGUGGGAGGUGCUGGCCUACGGCGAGCGGCCCUACUGGAACAUGACCAACCGGGACGUCAUUAACUCCGUGGAGGAAGGCUACCGCCUGCCUGCCCCCAUGGGCUGCCCCACCACCCUGCAUCAGCUCAUGCUGGACUGCUGGCAGAAGGACCGCGGCGAGAGGCCGCGCUUCUCCCAGAUCGUCUGCGUCCUGGACAAGCUGAUCCGCAACCCCGACAACCUCAAGUGCACGGCCACCGUCAACAGGUUCACCCAAACCCACUCGGACAGGGGUCUCCUCGACCUGAGCAGCUGCUUGACUGUGGAGGACUGGCUGGACUCCAUCCGGCUGGGGCACUACCGGGACAACUUUGCCAUGGCCGGGUACUCCUCCCUGGGCAUGGUGAUGCGCAUGAACAUCGAGGAUGUUCGGAGUCUGGGCAUCACCAUGAUGGGCCACCAGAAGAAGAUCUUGAGCAGCAUCCAGGCCAUGAGAUCCCAGCUGCUGAACACAAAUGGCCCCAGGAGACAUCUCUGAUCACCAGCUCCGCAGACACACGUUGGGCAUUCCUUAACACUUACCCUGGCAAAGGGGCAGCAGGGUAGUGAGCGGGAAAAGGGGCACCAGACCAGGAGCUGGAACCCUGCCAGCAUCUCUGAUUUCAGCAUGGGUGGAAACAUGGCAUUCCAGAUACCUCGGUGGUCCUGCUGCCUCCUUCCCCCGUCUGAAGGAGGGAGCAGCCUUCCAAGUGGGCUAGGGACAUGUCAUGCCUCUCUACUAUGUCCCUGUGGGACUGGGGGUCUCCACACAACUGUUCAGGACGGGUGGAAACCCCUUCACACAGCAGGAUGGUCCCAGCUACACCCGCAGGUGGAGGGAUAUCAGACACAUCAGCAAUACCAGGAGGAGUGGGACUGGGCUUGCCAUGGCACACAGCUCCUUGGAUCUCUGAACUGAGCAGGGCUUCACAGGCUGCCACACAGCCUCCCAGUACCUCCCAGUGUACUCCAGCCUGGACGUCCUGAACUGCACCAGCCUUCAGGUGACUUCACAGUCCAUCUCUGCCAAGCACAGGAGGGCAGGGGACAGAGUACAAGGUGGCAGUGCCAGGAACAGCUGGCUCUGCCUUCAGAGGAGACUUCCCAGCGUGGAGGAGAGUUGUCCAGGGCCUGCUGCCUGGAUCCUCAAGAAUUCCCCAGGGUGCAGCAGGACACUCUCCCUCUUCAACCCACCAGGACAGCUUCUCCCUGGAUCCAGCACAACCAACCAGGGCAGCCCAGACACAUUUUCUAGGGCCACAAGCUCAGGUUUCUCCACCAGCAGAACCAUCCUGGCCUCCUCUAGAACAGAGAGGAGUGGGAGACUGUGCUCCCAUCUUACACGAUGGAGAGACAGAGAAACUUCUACCAAACUCUUCUCUGGUUUUAUAUUGCCCCAGAGAAAUCCAAGAGCUGUGAUGCCACAAGGCUGCCUGUGCCCAGGGCUGCCAGGUCACCUGCAGAGAGGGGUCCUGCCAGGAUUUCCAGCUGCAGAGUCCUGUGCCUGGGGACAGGGGCUCUGGGCACAGAGGAUCUCCACCACUACCCAUCUGGUGACCCCAGUGAGUGGGAGGGUGGAGGGUCCUCCACAUCCCUCCUCUUCCCCACAGGAGUAUCUCUUUGGGCAAGCUUGCCUGAUGCCUCUGAAGAUAUGUGGAGCUGGUCCAAGAGGCUGAGCUGGCUGCAGAGCUGCAGAUGAACUGGGGAGAGGGGCAGGCUGUGGGCUGGGAAAGGUUUUUUUUGGGUGUAAAUACAAUUUUCUAUGGGUUUGGGAACUGUUUUACUGAAAUAGGAAGUUAAGUACACAAAAAUGGUCUCAAAGCACAGAAGCCUCAGUUGUGGGGCUGAACUCACUGCAAAAAAAAUCUGCUGGGGAUGUGGCUGGGGAGUGGGGGCUGGAGAGGAGAAGGGCUGGAGGGGAGCCACAAUCACUGCCAGGAUCCAGCCUGGCCCACAGCACCCUGUCCUUAGCACUGGCACAGCAAACCCAAUGCAGGUAGUGGUAGGACUUGGCUGUUCCUCCCAGGGCUGUUUGGGCACAAGGGGGGUGGGGGGCGGGUUAAAGCCAUUUCUCAGCUGCAAUAAUCCUGGCUAAACUGGCCUUUCCAGGGCUGGCUUGGCUUUCCAUGCAGGGCUCUUAUGUCCUGAUGGAUUCUCUGACUAUGGCGGGCACUUUACUUCUUCCUAUGGAAGCUUUUUGUAACGGGGGACAAGAUGCAAUGUGUUGUUUCAUUUCUAUUGCACCCUAUGUCCUGCACUCAACCCUGUCCCAGGCCCUCCCCACAGCUGGACAGAGUGACAGCAGAGGGACAGAGGGUCAGCCCAAGCCCUGCAGCACAGGGUGGUGGGUGCUGGCCGUGUCCUCCCUUCCCAACAUUUGGGACUCCCUGGAGGGUGAGUCCGUCAUGGACACACUGGUGAGAGCAGAGGUCAGACCAGUGCCACAGACCUGUGUCCUUGGGGGUUUGCUGGGCAACCCUGGCCAGGUGGGCUGCAGGAUCUGAGGCUGGGAGCUGCCAGAUGGCCCCUUUCCGGGUGGUUCAUGAGUCAGAUCCUGCAGCAUGGGGUCACUGGGCUGCUCUAGGCUGCAGGGAUGGCAGGGCAGGGUUUGCCUUUUAUGUUCAGUGUGCACUUCCUCCUGGACAAUAAAAAUCCUUCUUCCCACAA